GUAAAUGUUGCCUUCUGUUUGGUUCUGUUCAAAAAGAGUUAUUUGUUUUUUGCUUAUUAAAAGAUUAUUUAUUAGUUUUUCAGUGAAAUUCAGCUUUCAACAUCAUGGAGCAGGUUCAGGCAUUAUAUGAUUUUGAAGGAGAAGGCUCUGCUGAAUUAAGUAUUUCUGAAGGAGAAAUUUUAACAGUUACAAGACGAGAUGUUGGAGAAGGUUGGUGGGAAGGCACCAAUAAGCAAGGACAAACAGGCUUAUUUCCAGCUGCAUAUGUUAAAAUUCUUACUCAGCAGCAGAGCUUUGAUUCAAAUGACUAUUGGGAUGAAGAAUGGGAUGAUGAUUGGGAAAAUUCACCUCCUCCAGUUCCACAUAAUAACAUGACUUCUUUAGAUUCAGCUCCACAAUCUGCCAUAAUAAAAAGUCAGGAAGACACUAAUGUUCCAGUUAUUACAAGAAAAAACUUUAAUAGAUACUCAAUGUUUGAUAAAACUGGCGGAGAAAGUUACAUACUUGGAUCUAUUCAAAGACCUGUACCAGAUUCAGAAAAAAUUAAAAUAAUUGAGACUGAAAAUGGUGUGAUGUGGAAUCCUAUCACAAAUCCAUAUGUAUGUAUUGUUGCAUCACCUAAGAAGGAAUCAAAGCUCAAAGGUUUAAAGAGCUUCAUAGCUUAUCAGCUAACACCAUCGUUCAACAACAUUCAAGUUUCACGGAGAUAUAAACACUUUGAUUGGCUACAUGAAAGGCUAGAAGAAAAAUAUACUACUAUUCCAAUUCCACCUUUGCCUGAUAAACAGAUUUCAGGAAGAUAUGAGGAACAAUUUAUUGAACAUAGAAAAAAUCAACUACAGGCCUUUGUCGACUGUGUUUGUCGUCAUCCAGUACUUUCCCGAUCUUCAGUUUGGGAACAUUUUAUCACAUGCACUGAUGAAAAGGUCUGGAAACUAGGAAAACGUAAGGCUGAAAAAGAUGAGUUUGUUGGUGCUAUUAAUUUCUAUGCAAUUGAGGCUCCCGAAAAGAGUAUCAACCAAUACGCAUUGGAACAGGAAAUUUUGAGCUGUACAAAAUUUGUUCAAAGUAUGGAUGGAGCUGUUAAGAUUUUAGUGGAAACUGCGUCAGACCAAACAAAGAAACAUCAAGGGCCAUAUAAAAGAGAAUAUCAAAAGGUUGGCCUAGCCUUUAAUACUUUGGCUCAAGCUAUGGGAGAUCUUCCUAAAGUAGGUUCUGGAUCCGAUGAACUUACAGCUGGUAUCAGGAAAGUAGGGAGUACUUAUGAUGAAAUCGGAAAAUUAUUUGAGGAGCAACCAAAGUUGGAUUGGGAGCCUUUGGGUGAUAUGUUACAUAUUUACAAAGGAAUUUUGUCUUCAAUUCCAGAAAUAUUAUCACUACAUAAGAAAGCUGUACAAACUAAAAAAGAAUGUGAGAAGUUAGCUUUUGAGCAGAAAUUAACUACCAACAAGUUGGAAGGUGUUACUAGGAGGACUGAUAUUGUUUCCUAUGCUCUUUUGGCUGAACUCAAUCAUUUUUAUAGUGAAAGAACAGAAGAAGUGUCAAAAUCUCUCAAAAAUUUUCUUUCUCAGCAGAUCAGCUUUUUUCAAAAGAUAACUUCAAAGCUAGAAACUGCUAUGGCUUCAUUAGAUUCAUAAUGCUGAAUUACUUGUUCUCUAUUCAUUGGUGCAGAUGCUGGAAAGUAAAUGUAUGUAUAUGGAUAUACAUACGUAUACACACACCAAAUUUUUAAAAUUUAUAUUAUUCUAUUGUUCGCUAAAAUUUAUAUAUUAUACAACAUAGUGUCUAUUUUUUGUAAUGAGAUUAUAUAUAUACAUAUGAGUGGUUAUGAGAUUGUAAGCAUUCUUAUAGGAAAAGCAGUUCAUUUUGUUAUCAAUGUAAUUAUAUUUUAUAAUUCAACAUUUAUAUUCAAAAUAAGUUCAUAUUUUUAUAUAUAUAUAUAUAUAUAUAUAUAUAUAUAUAUAUAUAUAUAUAUAUAUAUAUAUAUAUAUAUAUAUUUAAUCAUUCAAAACAGCUUUGUUUACGAUUUAUAAUUUUUGGAUUCAUUCCUCUUAGGAACUUCUUAAAAGUUUCUUAAUUAUAAAUGGUUGUUGUUCAGUAAUUAACUAAUAGUUAAAAACAUUAUUACAACUCUUGCCAGUUGAAACAAUCAUUUUAUUUUUAAAACAUUAUAAAUUUUUAUUAUUCAUGUAUUAACAGAAGAAUUUUUGAUUCAGUUAUUGAGUUGUAGCUGUACAACAUAAUUAGUUAAAAAUCACUCAAGGAUUAAGAAUUGCAAAGAUAAAUUAGUAUAUGUUAAUAUGUCUUUCCUUUUUCUAUUUUUCUUGUUACUGUUGUGAUUAUACCAGUUUCAUUUAUUAAUCAAAUUUAACAAAAAUAUUCAUAAAAAUUAAUACUAAAUUUUCCAAAAUUUAUGUUUAGUAUAUUUUUUUACAUAAAUAAUUUGUUAUUCAAUGAUAAUUAUAAUAGCUAUAUAAAAUUUUAUUAUAGCGUUAAUUUAUAAUUUCCUAUUCAUUAUUAAUGUAGUUAUAUUUAUUUUAAUUGUAAAUUUUGGGUAGGAAUAAGUCAAUGUUUCUAGUUACCAUAAUUAAGUAAUUGAUGUUAAUAUUUAGUCUCCUUAUUUUUUGUUUUUAUGAAAAUUUCAGUUGCUUGUUUAGUGUAAUUUUUAUGUUCAUAUUAAAUAUGUUUAUUGCUGAAAUAAAUUUAAUUUUUUUUCUAAUUUGAACUUUGCUCUGUAGUUAUCAAUUUUAUUAUUAUAAUUUUUCAUAAAAAUUAAAUCUUGAUUCAACUCUGGUUAUUUUAUCAUUCUAAGAAUGAUAGUUUAUAAUAAAGAUAUUUAUUUAUUUAUUUUACUAACCCCACAGAGAGACUGUUAAUUGAAUCUGUGACGGUAAAUAUGAUUCAGUAAUUGUCAAUUUUGGAAUUAUUAUUUUUUACAUUACUUAAUGGAUUACUUAUCAGUAAUUUAAUUGUUUUAAACCAGUUCAUUUAGCUUUUAUAUGUAACAAAUUGAAAAUUUUAUGAUUUAAAUUAUAUAAUCCUAUAUGAACAAGUCCUUAAAUUUUAUUAUAUAUCUUGAAAGUUUAUUCCAUAAAAGUGCAUUUUAAAUAAACAUGUGUUUUCAUGAAUUAUGAAUUAAGUUGUGAUAUGAUUACUUAUAGCAUUAUUAAAGAUUUUUAUUUAUUUAUAUAUGUUGUGCUAGUUUUUAUCUUAGACCAAACAAUUAGAUUAUAUUGCCACUAUUAU